ACACGCUAACAAAAGAAAAGCAGGCAGGCUCUAUGCAGGCACGCCGUGCGAGUAGCUUAUCAAAGUUUUUUUGUAUUGUAGAGAACAAAACGCCGAUGAUUUGUAAUGUGAAUACAAAAGAACAGAAAGACGACUGACGAGUACCUAAUGCGAGUUCAAAGUGAUAAUUUAAAGACUUGUAAUCAAAAGCAUUUGAAAUGUAUUCUCAGAAGAAACUUAUGUUAGCCUGCAUUCUUGUAAUAAUCUUUACAGCAAUAGCAGUUGCACAUUCUCAUUCUCACUCACAUGACGAUUCGCCAGCUUAUAAAUACUCAAAAAAUGCCAAUGAACAAUACAAAACAAAGGAAGAGAAGAUUACAGAACCAAACUAUGACUUGUAUAUGAGAGCAUUGGGUUCUACUGUGUUUAUAAGUUUGGUUCCCUUCUUUAUACUAUUUUUUAUACCUAUUGAUGGUACGAUUGAAAAGCAACCACUAUUGAAAGUAUUGUUAUCAUUUGCUUCUGGAGGGCUCCUUGGAGAUGCUUUCUUACAUUUAAUUCCACAUGCUCUAGUCCCUAAUAAUGGUGAAGGAGGACAUAGCCACAGUCACUCGCAUGCUAACCCUGAUGAAGCACAUGGACCUCACGACAUCUCUGUUGGCUUAGGAGUCCUUGGAGGAAUCAUAACAUUUUUAGUGGUUGAAAAAACUGUUCGUUUGUUUAGUGGUGAGCAUGGACAUUCACAUGGCAAUGAUAAGAAAAAGAGUGAUGAAAAAAAUAAGAAGGGAAAAGGGAAGGAGAAAAAGGAAGAUAUCAAAAUAGCUGGCUACCUUAAUUUAGCAGCUGAUUUUACACAUAACUUUACAGAUGGUCUAGCAAUAGGAGCUUCAUACAUCGCUGGAAAUAAUAUUGGAUUCAUAACUACUGUAACAAUUUUACUGCAUGAAAUUCCUCAUGAAAUUGGAGACUUUGCAAUUCUUGUUCAGUCUGGAUGUUCAAGACGAAAGGCGAUGUUUUUACAGUUAUUAACAGCGUUUGGUGCAGUAUCAGGAACCUUACUAUCUAUAUAUCUUCAAGGGUCAAAUGAAAGUCUUGUAUCUUCCUUAAUUUUACCAUUUACGGCUGGUGGCUUUAUUUACAUUGCUACAGUGUCAGUCAUUCCAGAACUCCUAGAAAAUUCACACAAACUAUAUCAAUCAAUUAAAGAAAUACUAGCUCUUUUAGCUGGAGUGUAUAUGAUGGUUAUAAUUGCACAAUAUGAAUGAGUCUAAUAGUGUAAUAAAAAUACAUAGGAACAUCACAUGUAGCGUAUGAAGACUUUCUUUAAGAUUCUUAUUUUUAAAUAGAGAUUAAAAAUUAUUCUCUAUUACUAUGUAAAAAUAUUAUAUAUAAGAUAAACCUUUCUUUAAUGUUACUGAAGUCAUACUAUAACCGGAAAACAUUUUAUACUGCAGUUGCUAAAAUUUCUUAUUGAUGACAAUAUAUUUAUUUACAUACACAUGUUUUGUUUAGACAGUGCUUAUCUAAGUUUAAAAUAUUAUUUUACUAUGAUAUGAAUGUAAACUAAGAACAUGGAUAAUAAAUAUUUUUGUUAUAUAUUA